AUGAAGCUACAGGAAUGGCUUGUAAAUGGUGGGGUUGAAGGUCUAAGUUUGCUACAACUAGAAGAUUUCCCCGAUACGGGACGCGGCGUUAAAACGCUGCGGUCCCUUAAGUCUCACGAUGUAGUCCUUACAGUGCCAGGAUCACUUCUCUGGACGGCAGAUGUGGCACUUAGUGACCCUGUCAUUGGGACUGUCAUACGUACCGUAGAACCACCAUUAUCAGUUGAUGAUAUACUAGCAGUGUUUCUUCUUUUCAUCAAGUCGUGUGAAACGGGAUAUGAUGGGAGGCGGGCACACGUGGAAUUGCUACCAACCAGUUAUACAGCAAGUAUAUUCUUUAAUGACGAAGAACUCGAAAUCUGCGCUGGCUCUUCGCUUUAUCACCUAACCCAAAAGUUGAAACAGCAAAUUAGAGAUGAUUACCUUCAACUCCUCAACAAAUUAAUCACCAAGCAUCCAGAUCUAUUCCCUUUAGAAAGAUUUACACAAGAUGAUUAUAUAUGGGCUCUCUGUACUAUUUGGAGCCGAGGAAUGGAUUUCCAGUUGUCUGACAAGCAGUUUAGAUGUAUUGCCCCUUUCGCUGACAUGUUAAAUCAUUCCCUUGAUGUUGAACUUUGUCAUAUUUAUGAUCCUAAAUUGAAUAGAUUACAGAUAUUGGCAGGAAAAGAAUAUAAAGCAGGAGAGCAGGUCUUCAUCAACUAUGGUCCAGUUCCAAAUAACAGACUCCUACGUCUCUAUGGUUUCAUCCUUACCGACAAUCCCCAUGAUUCUUAUGAUCUUGUUCUUACUACACACCCCCAAGCACCUUUGUAUUCUCAAAAAGUAGCCUUACUUGAAUCAAUUGGUUUACAAGUCAACUCUACUUUUCCCCUCAAACUUAGUGACCCACUACCACUGAAUGUGCUUCAAUAUCUACGAAUCCAGAGAUUAUCGUCUUCGGAAAUCUCCACAUUGGCAGUAAAGCACGAAGCUAAAGAUAAGAUUAGUGCUCGCAACGAGGCUGAGAUUUUAAAAGCUUUAGACGAAGCAUGUGAGAACCUAUUGGCUGGGUUUAGCGUCUCUUUUGAGGAGCUUGAAACAAAAAUUGCUUCUGGUGCAUAUCAAAAAGGAAGUAACGCAUGGGCAGCAGCGCAUGUUAGUAUUGGUGAGCAAAAGAUUUUAAGGGCGACAUUGCAGAAAGCAAAAGAACUGCUUGCUUUGGUUAUCUGUGCGAAUUGUGGAAAGGCAAAUGAGAAUAAUAAGCGUUGUGGAAGAUGUCGAAAGGUAGUUUAUUGCGGUGUAGAUUGUCAAAAAAGCCACUAUAAGGAGCAUAAGGUUUUGUGCAAAGCCUCUGGCGAAUAA